UCGAAAAAAAGAAGGGCAAAGCUGCGGAGCACAGGAGAAAAGUUUUUGUGAUUUAAAAUAAAAUUCAUUUUGAACGUCCGGAUGCGAUGCAUUUAAAGUGUAAACGCACCACGGGGAUGUGGGAAACUGCCACAAGCGCCACCGUAGCAGCCUCUCGCCUCUCAUCCGUCGCCAAGUGGUGAUCUGGGCAAAUGUUUCAGGGCUCUUAUUGAUUUUUACGGUUUUUGGACUGAUACGCAUUUCUCUGUUUACCGAUCUUCCCGGAAACUGCGUCGCAGAAGGAGGGACUAGCAUGCCAGUGCGGUGUUAGCCAGAGCGGAAGGGUUCCAGCCAGAAAAGUCAUGGGUGGCUCCGUGAGCCAGGUUUUCCGCUCCGGAUCUGCGCUCCUCUCCCAUCGCGAUGGCAAGCUGUCCAAGGCCACCGAGGAAACUAUUCAGACGCUAUUUGACAUCCUGCGCGCCAACCCGAAGGUGUCACUGCAAACGCUUGAGAGCCUGCUCAUCCAAAUACCUAAAAAUGAAAACAUCCUGGCCAUGCAUGACGACUACGGCUACAACAUCCUGCAGCGCAGCGUUGGCCUCAACCACAUUGAUCUCACUAAAUGGCUGCUGCACCGCCAUCGCCCGGAUGUUAACCGCUCACCCUGUUCCCUUCCCCUGCAUAUCGCCACCCUACGUGGCUACGAGGAGUGCGUCGAGCUACUUCUACGCCACGGCGCCCGCAUCGACGUGGACACGAGGAUGUGCUUUCCCGGUGCUCAUACACGCAAUUGCGAGGAGAGUGGCAAGUGGCAUAACAACGUGGACGAUGUCAGCGAGCGGCUAAACACCAAGCUGCAAAACGCACUUUACUACGCCAUCGACGGGGAUCAAUACAAUGUGCUGAGUCUGCUCACGCAGAAAAUGGAGGAGCCGUGGAUCCCUUUCCGGGUGAAGAAGCCACUGCUGCACCUGGCCUGCGAGCGCGGGGCGUGGAAUUGUGUCCAGCAGCUGGUUGUCACGCGUUCGGAGGAAAUUAAUCUUAUCAUGGACGAGUAUUACCCCAUUCAUCAUGCCGUGCUUCAUGAUGGACGCUUUCUCGAGCUACUUAUACAUCAGGGUGCCAUAACAACUGUCCGAACUUGCACACAACAAAUGACCCUGUUGCAUGUUGUUAUCUUUGCAGCUCGGAAGUCGGCAGACGAUACACUGGCUACUCUGCGCAUACUCCUGGAACGCGGCUGCAAGGAACUAAUCAACGCCCCCGACUCACUCGGAAACACACCCCUGCACGCCCUCAUUGUACGCUACGCUCUGGAGGAGGCGCGUUAUGGUUACGACAAGUGGAGCAAGUGGGAUGUCCUGCACCUGGUGCGGUUUCUGCUGCAAAACGGGGCCAAGCAGUCGAUCAACCAGGCAGGGAAUAGUGCAAUGGCCUGCGUGUUUCGUCACUUGCGAGACUGGGAGGUCUGCUACGAGCUGCUCAACAUGCUCAUCAAGGAGAAUGGUGACCCCAACAUCGUGGGGAGGGAUGGAUCUGUGCCCAUUAUGGUUCUACUAGUUCCAUUAAUAAAUAAGGAUCACCUGCAUCAUUUCACACACUCUAUGAAGGUCUGCUAUCUGAACUGCAUCCGCAUGCUGCUGCAGCACGGUGCCAAUCCAAACUGCUCCUACCGCGCCAAUCUAAAGCCGCUGCACGUGCUCGUGUUCACGGUCAGCGAGAACUUUACGCUUAACUGCGACGCCCAGAAGCGCACAAACUUUGACUUCAUCAAGAACAUCCUUUUAAUGCUGCUUCAACACGGCCUGGACUGCAACAAGACAUAUCAGCACAUUCUGCAGGCGGUGAUGGACAUGGUGCAUAAUGUGCGCACCUGCCACGACAUGGAGUGCGUUUACGAGCUGACGUUGACGCUAAUCCAGUACGGUGCCGAUCCGAACAUCGUGCUCAGCGGCAAGUCAACGCCGGGCACAGCCAUCUUCUCCAACGAGCUGGCCACUUUUCGCAGCUCGUUCCGCACCAACUCGUGCCACCUGCUGUUUUACUACAUCAUCCUGAUCACGAAGAAGGAGUUCAUCCUCAACGAUCCGCAAGCGACGUACACGCGUGUCAUACAUCUAUUCUACUUGACCAUGCAGCACGAGCCGCUCUUCAAUUGUCUCAAGUCGCUGCACAACUUCUACGUAGCCCAGGUGCCCAGCAAGAAGACGGAGCAGUUGAUUGCCCUGAUCUCGACGCUCUAUCGUAGACCGCGCAGUCUGAAGCAGCUGUCACGUUGGGCCAUCUACGAAGCGAUGAACCGCAAGCUGGCCCAAAACAUUAACCGCCUGAACCUGCCCGGCCCGCUUAAGGACUACGUGCUCCAGUUCGAGAGGUAGCGACCCAAGGACCAAUGAAUACCAACCGCAGCGAACUAGAGUCAAUCACUAUUGUUGCCCCUAGGCUAUGUAAUCUUUAAUAUGCAUAUUCGCCUACACCAGUAGGUAUGUAGUUACGCAAUAAUUACGAACUAUCAGGCCUGUUCUGGGUUGCUCUAUCAUAGCUUAAAGAUUACUGAAUUGUUUGAUAACAAAAAUUUUAAGAUUUAUAUGGAUUUUUUCGUUAAUCACUAUUGGAUCGCUGAAUUUGGCAUGAUUAAGGAUCAACAAAGAUUUGUUUGAACUGGAACAGGUCCGCAUAUGAUAUGGAAACGCUUAAACGUACCUAGACAUAACCAUAAAAACACUAAAGGAGCCAAUUUAAAUAUUGUCAAAUCAAACACGUGCAAUUUCUUUGAUACGAAUCUAUUGAAACUAUUGUGAAGUUGGAAAGCUCAUCUAUGUUUUGUAAUUCAAUACGUACAACUUUGUGAACUGUAAUGCGCUUAACACUAUACAAGCACUUCCAACCCCCGCACCAUCCGCCCCUCAUUUAACCUUGCCCUUCCCACUCUCAAGUCCAUCAUGCUGCAUAAGUUAUAGGUCAUAAACUUAAGGCUGUUUUUUGAAGAACAUUUCGGGAGUUUUAGAAUUUUGUAUAUUCGAACGCAAUCGAAGGAGCGAGACGUUAUGUAAUUAUUAUUGUAACUAUUAUUAUUGUUGCUAAACCGUUGUUAAUCUCUGUAUCUAUAAUGUCAUUUUAAAUCGAAUUGAUAACGCUAUCGAUCAAUAAAUACAAACAUGAACUUUCA